CGUUGGUGCUAUAAAAUGUCAAAUUUGAUUUUGUGGGUUGUGGUGUCCAUGGUGGGGGCUUCAGUCCCCAAACCUCGAAGCUUCUUCAACAAAUCGAAAAGCAUAAUUCCGGAUUAUUAUCUGAAAGAAGUACGACCUCCUACUCAAGGUGGUACUCCUGUCGAAAUAGAUUUCAGUAUGACUGUCGUCGACAUCAAUUCUAUUAACGUGGAAGAUAUGGAUUUUCGCAUGGACAUGUUUUUGAGCCAGGAAUGGAUCGACGCAAGGAUUAAAAUACCCGAGGAUUUAUUCGAAUAUGGCGACGAUUCAAUCACGUUACCUUCGCAAUAUUUUGACAAUCUGUGGCAACCCGAUUUGUAUUUCCUCAACUCGAAAGUUGUGGAAAUUGCAACCCUGACACAUAAAUUCUCAUCAGUGACUUUAUUUCGCAACAAAACGAUCAAAUAUUCGGCUCGAAUGCAUGCAAUAGUUGCGUGUCAGAUGGAAUUCCAGCACUACCCCAUGGACACCCAAUUGUGCCCAAUUAGUAUCGAAAGCUUUUCAUACAGUAAUAAGAAAAUGCGUUUAAAGUGGGCCCCAAGUGGGGUAACUGUCAGUCCCGAGUUGAAACUCCUCCAAUACAACAUCCUCCCCCUCCAACUAGAGGAGAAAAACGUCUUUACGGGCGAGAAAAGCGGGAAUUUCUCGCGCCUUGUGGUCAAUUUCCGGUUCGAGCGUCAAAUCGGCCACCACUUGAUCCAGACUUUUGCCCCAUCAUCCCUCGUGGUGGUACUUUCAUGGUUCAGUUUUUGGCUGGGUUUGGACGCGGUACCAGGCCGGGUCACACUCCUAGUCACGUGUUUACUUACUUUGGUCACCAUGUUUACCGGUCUGAGGACUGACAUACCGGCAGUUGCAUACGUCAAGGCGCUCGAUUUGUGGAUGGCGGGGUGUAUGGUGUCGGUGUUCGCCGCGCUAGGGGAAUUUGUCAUUGUCAAGGUUUUGGACCAGAAGUACCAACGUUUGAAGAAGAAGCAGUGCGAACAAGCCAUGGAGGCUGCGAUUACCCCCUGGCGCCCGAAACCGACUCUUGUCAACAAAAGACGAGCUAGUGAAGGUGUUGUUCCCAUGUAUUGGAGAAAUAAAAAGGGGAAGGAGAAGAUUUUGUGGCACCAAGUGGACCGUGUUUCGCGUGUGGUGUUUCCUGGUUUGUUUUUCAUCUUCUGUGCGAUUUAUUGGACGACUUUGAUUUUCGGUAGAAGUGCGACUUUGUUGUAAAUGAUGCAAUUAUUGUCGUAUCAACAAGGAAUUACUCCCUAAAAUUUAGGGAUAUUCGUGAAUAGGUUGUCACAAAUUUGGUUAAGUUGUUAAACAAAAGAUAUCGUAACUAGUGUCAAAAUAUAGGUUAAGUCCAGUGAUGCCAGAUGAGAUUAAGCGCUUGUCCCUAGAUUGUAACUUCUAAAUUCCCUAGAAUUCGAUAAACUACUUAAAAAAUUAAAAAGAUACUAUUUCAUAGCCCUAUUUUGUUGAGGUAAUAUAAUAUAAAUACAUACAACAUAAAAAUGUGUUA